GUCGAGACAUGGUUGAGACCUCAAUAGGUCUCAGCCUCGAUUUGGUCACUCGCCCCGCCUGCCCACGAGCACCUACGGAGGAGACCGAUUACAUCCAGUAUUCAUCGUUAGUCGGGUGCUCUAUUAGGAUGCAAACAGAAGAGCAGGCCAGGUGGUUCUGUAUUGUGUAUUGUGGCUUCAGACGACGCCGCUUGCUUGCUUGAAAUGGCAUGAUAUGGCCGGUCUGGCCCCGACAGCCGGGCCCCGUGGUGUCUGUCCCAAGGUCUUCAAGGGCAGGGGCCUCUACCUAGCCUCGAGUCCCCAACAGCAGCGAUUGCAGAUGCUGCACCGAUCGCUCUACUAAUAUCAGAUCCAAGCAUCGGCCGCCUGUUGUCGAAUGCUUCUUGCCGUCUGCGUCUACGUGCUCUGCGUCAAAUUGUGCAACUCGGUCCGAUCUAGUCCCAUCAACAACCUGCCUCGAAUAAUCUUCUUGAUUGCUACGACUCUCCUCUGCUCACAUCUCUGUCCGUGGCUCCGUGACCGUGAGCCGGCGGCCCAGAAAAGGACGGUUGAGAUUUGCCUUGCAGCUCCGUCCUGUUGCAGGCAGAUAAUACGGCACCACCGACCACGACCUUGGGGGCACAAGCCACACACCCACAUCGCCCGCCCCGUUCCGCCAGGCCUGCACUGCAGAUCAGUUAGCACCACCGGCCCCAGGGCUGCAAUCCACCUACCAGCUCGCCACCCUCCCGGCCGCAUGCUCGACCCAGUCUCCUCCAGCUCUCGCCACACUCUGUCCGCCGCAGCCUUGCAACACCGGCUUUCAAGCCUCAGUCAGGGAUUCGGCAUCAGUCAAUCCAUGCUACGGAGCACCUGCCCGGAACGCACUCCCUCCCACGGUCUAGAACACGAGACUGCGCCCGUGCCAAUUCGAACACGAUCCCAUCUCGUCCCCAUGGACACAUCUGGGUUCCGUUGAGCAUUGUCUCCGUCGGCCGUGUCUGCACCCUGGACAAUCUGCUCCAGCUCUGAGGCACUGCCCACGAGGAAGGUCCUGCCCCGGCCCAACCUGCAUCUUCUAUCCUUGGGCCCCCAUCCCAACCACCCGACCCAUCACGCCCUGUCAUUUGCCGCAAACAUGUCGGCAGAGACUUCGCCCAGGGCCGUUCGCUUCUCCGACAGCGACGUCGACAAGGGCUACCGUCCGCUUGCCAUCACCAACGACUCCGGCGACUCAGGCUCGUCAGGCGAGCUGCUGCCAGAGCCAAAUGGCUUCGUCGAUUACGAACUUCAGGAUGAACUAGGUACACUCCACCACUACGUCGACCAGGCCGGUCUUGCAGGUUCCAUGUCGUCCGUCGCUUCCGAUUCACUGGCUAAUGGCACGGCUGGUCGCCAUCGCUCAGUUGCAGAUGGAGGACCAAUCCACUCCAACGGGACAUCUACGAGACCCCAACGACCUACCGGCCCGGCGAGGCAGCCGUCCAAUACCUACAGACCCGUGCGCCGACCGCAGCCCACACCCGUCGGAUACCCUGAUCCUCGCUCCGCCUCCAGGUCACGGAACCUACCCUCAAACUCGACCUUCGCACGCCAGGAAAGGGCCUAUGUUCAACGACUGAAUAAUGCUAGGAAACAAGACUACCCAUUCCCACCCGAGUUCGAUCCCAUAAGUUUUGGCACUCAAGGCGACCCGGACAGCGAUUCCGAAGGCGAGACACCUGGGUCAGAAGCCCCAUAUAGCACCGAGCAGGACGACGACGCGAGGAGGCUCUUUGAGGGGGACGACGAUGAGGAUCUGGAACCGACCGAAGAAGACAUCAGGGAUCCCGACAACAGGGAGAGGCUGGAGUGGCAUGGAAUGCUCGCGGCUGUCCUCACCGGCGACGUAGUUCGGCAGGAGAAGAAGCGUCUUAUCGGCUCGUCUGAGCAGGAGGUCGGGAAGACCGCGCAAAAGGCCGAGCUAUGGCUUGGCAUACGAGCACGCAUAUGCGGUCGGCAUCUCCCCGUACAACGCAGGAUGGUGGAAGACGCUCGAGGCACCAUGGAUCGGACAAUUGAGGAAAUCAUCAACUUUCGGAUAGCCGGGGAAAGCGAGGCUGGCAAGCCCCCGGCAGAUCAGGUUCGCGAUAUGGUCGAGAAGAUCGAGAGGCUGGAAGGCCUGUAUCCGUCGCGGGAAGCAAUGCUGGCGGCACACACCUCGGCAAGAUCCGCCCUCUUCACAGAAGCAUGUGACGCCAUCACAUCUUGGUACAAUGUCAACGAGCUCAUCAACACAGAGCUCACUGUCCUGAGAAGAUGGGUGGGUAACGACGAGCUUGAUUUUCUGCGGACAAGGGAACGGUCACCGAUUGGCAACGCAAUUGGUGACGAGUCCUCUUUCCUCGAUAAGCUGUUGAAGGAAGACGGCCUGAAGUCACUACACGACCACAUUGAGGAGGAUGUCGGUGGGAUGAAAAGCAAGCGGAACAGCAUGCUGAGAGGAAUCUCCAGCGUAAUCCUCAAGGCGAAGGAAACCCUCAUCCACAACGCAGAGGCAUUCAGAAAACGGCACUUGCCGCCGUACAUUGAAGAUCUCCUCACCUUGAUCAGCUUCCCCUCGCGCCUGAUUGAGGAAAUCAUCAAGGUCCGCCUUGCCUAUGCGAAGAAGAUGAAGGAAUCGGCACAGCAAAACCCAAUGUUGCAAGACCAGAUGAUUUCUCAGUUCCAGGUCCUUUUAAACCUGGCCAUCGGCAUCAAACUUGAGUACCUGGGCAUAUCUCAACCUGAGCCCGGCUGGGAGCUACCUCCUUGCAUUGACGAGGCUUUUGACCAGGCCGUUCUAGAUGCCCUGAAAUAUUACUUCAAGAUGCUGAAUUGGAAACUCAGCGGCAACAAGAACACGUUCAAGGAGGCCGAACUUCUGUUCCAGGAGUGGGAAUUCAUCAACGAAAUCGGCAGUCACUUAGACCACGGAGACGUGGAGGUUGCUGAGCAGUUCAGCAAUCUGACAUUCAAAGCAAUCAGACGCCUAAGCGACACCUUCGAAAGGGAGUUACAACGGAAACCCAAGGAAAGCCCCGCCGAGAUGAGCAAAAGAUACAAACAGAUCCUGGACUCGGUCCGAGUGCGUCAAAGAAUGCUACAGCGUUUCUCCAGAAUGCUAAGCGGCAACUAUGAAAAUGCUGCGGACUUCAGCAUUGCCUUCGGGCCGGAUCGACUUCACACUCUAUUUGCAAGGUUGAUAGAGUCUGGGCACUUCCAAAUUUAUACUGCAAGUAUCGAACACGAGGGCGUUAUCCUAGUCGCCUCUCCAUCUCUACACGGUCGCCCCGAGGAAAUUCAGUCUAUCAUUGGCACAGCAUCGUAUGAGCAUGUUUCUGAAGACCCAACAGACCCAUACAUCCUAAUGAUCCGGGCCGAGAACGCACCCCACUGGUACGGACCGAAGGUAUCCAUGACGGUACGGGAGGAGCCUCUGGAUCUGAAAGUUGGGCAUUUGCGGUUGAUCGCCGGUGGGUCUCAGAACCGACUCACGAACGCGAGGAAGGCAUUCUUGGAGCUCAUUGACAUGCACCUGGACCUCGUCGUGGAGCAGCGCUCGAACCUGAAGAGGGUGAACCAAAAGCUGGGAGAUAUCAAGAAGGUGGCAUACAAGCUCUCCAACACCUUCAUGGACAGUGUCGAGACUAUCCGCUCACAGACAAAGGGGAUGGAGGUGCAGGACCUCAUCCAAACCUGUUUCAUCUUCGCAACAGAAUUCGGUCAGCGGUCUCUACUUUUCAUGGACAGCAACCGGCGACAGAUGAACAACAUCAAACUGACCAAACUUGCGCUGGACUGGGUCAGCUUCAUCUGCGAUGACUGUGUGUCUUCUGACCGGAAGACCUUCCGCUGGGCCGUCCUGGCUCUCGAAUUCAGCAUGGGCAUGACCCGCGGGAGGCACAUUUUGGCGCUGGGUGACGAGGAAUAUGCGAGACUGCGAGAGAAGGUUGCUGGUUGCAUGUCUCUGCUCAUCUCACAUUUUGACAUCAUGGGCGCGAGGUCAAGCGUUGCAGCCCAGGCCGAGAAACAGCGGCUCGAAGCCCUUGUCGGCCAAUUCAGGAGGCUGGACCAGGGCAAGAAUCUCGAUGAUCAUACUGCCUCGAAAUUUGUUCUCGACCACCGUCUUCAAGAGCUUUCCAAGAUUGACGAGGGGAGGAAACAAAUCUUGGCAGAGAGAUCCGCCCUGGGUCGUGUGCUUGAGGCCUCGAACGAGGUGGACCGGUCACUUGCGUACCUAUCAUCGACUGCUACCAACUUCACUAUGAGGUGGCAGCAAGGGCAUUUUGUCGGCGGAGGAACAUUCGGCAACGUCUAUGCGGCGAUGAAUUUGGACACCGGACAUUUGAUGGCUGUCAAAGAGAUUAGGUUGCAGGACCCCAAGUUGAUACCAACCAUUGCUACGCAAAUCAAGGACGAGAUGCGUGUGCUGGAGUCUGUUGACCACCCUAAUGUCGUGUCAUAUUACGGCAUCGAGGUUCACAGAGACAGAGUUUAUAUCUUCAUGGAGUUCUGUUCUGGAGGCUCACUUGCCAACUUGCUCGAGCAUGGUCGCAUCGAGGAUGAGCAAGUUAUCAUGGUUUAUGCGCUACAGCUUCUCGAAGGCCUCGCUUACCUUCAUGAGAUCAAGAUCGCGCAUCGUGACAUUAAACCCGAGAACGUGCUCCUCGACCAUAACGGCAUCAUCAAAUAUGUCGACUUUGGUGCCGCGAAAGUCAUUGCCCGCCAGGGGCGUACACUGAUGCAAGAUAUGUCAGCCACAAAGCCCAACAAGUCCAUGACUGGCACUCCGAUGUACAUGUCCCCAGAGGUCAUCAAAGGCGAAAACCCCGGUCACUUCGGAGCGGUCGAUAUAUGGUCUCUCGGUUGCGUCAUUCUCGAAAUGGCCACAGGACGACGACCAUGGGCGAACCUGGACAAUGAGUGGGCAAUCAUGUACAACAUCGCUCAGGGCAACCCGCCACAGCUCCCGACGCCGGACCAGCUCAGCCCGGAAGGUAUUGACUUCCUCAAGCGCUGCUUCUACCGCGACUCCAAGAAGCGAGCUACUGCCGUGGAAUUGUUGCAGCAUGACUGGAUCAUGACGAUCCGGAACCAGGUUGUUGAGCCUUCAACACCCAGCGAUUCGAGCGCCUCGGCUCAAACCACACCGAAUACGACAUCGGUUUCUGGCGGAAAGACAAACGUUGGCGCGGAUGGCUUCUAUUGAUCUAGACGCCUUGCUUGGUCCUGCCCGCUAUGACUAUCCCUGUAUCAUCAAUCCACACCUGCAUUCUUUUCAUGUUGUUAUUGGCUGUACAUACACCGUCUGACUCCACAGACUGCUACACCUGCCUCGUUGGGCAGGUCUAGCACAUGUGAGGUUUGCGAUUCCGAUUCGACUUGCACAUGGGCAGCAGCAUUGAGCAGCGAGUUUUUGAAGUCUCACCUGAGCACAUCCUUGAAUUUUUCUGUUGCAUGUCAGCGCUUUCUGUGUUCUUACCAUCAGAGCUUCGCUUUCUUGUACUAUUUGGUGGGGUUUUGGGGAUACGUGAGAGUCUAUGCAAUUCCGUGUGGUCUUUUUUCAUUUUUCAUUUUUUCCAACACUGACGGCCAUCACGACGAAACGAAUGACCAUCACAUCAGGCAACAAUAGGGAGGCUGUGACAAAUACGGGGCGGCAUAGAGUUCUUUGGCUUUUCAUAUGAGGAGUAUAUUGGCAACCGCAUUCAGACAUAAACAAGGGAGAAGCGGGGCGAAUGGUGGAUGGGAAUCGAGAGGCACGGCAUGGCGGAAACGUCACACCAACAUUGGGUCUUCUCCUGGGAAAUGAAUAAAUCAUAAUAUUUAACUAAAUACAUGCUUUCCUCGCUCUC